CCACUUUGACAAGGACACACAAACACAUCAUCUUCCACCAUGGCUAAAAUUCCCCCAUUUUUAUCCCUCAUUCUGCUACUUUGUAUGCCCACGUCCCCCCAAUUGACAUCCGCCUGCACCUGUACAUUCUUUAAAGAGUCGUCAACCUCAAUAUUCCAGGAAGAGCCAUCAACCACAUUAAGGUGUUCAGGCUGCUCCGAAAUCCCGACUUAUCACGACCCCAGGUCCAUCACCCAUCUAGACCUUAGUUCCGGCUCCAACAAGCUUACCAACAAGCUCAUCUCGAACACCUUCAUCAAUAAAGGUUUCUUUAAUUUGAAACAUAUUAACCUGUCCAACACGGGAAUUGUGGACAUCGAUAUGGACGCAUUUCUUGGAAUAAAGGAGUUCGGAGAGGUGACCCUUGACCUUAGCUAUAAUUCGAUAUCUUCCAUCAUUAUGUCACGUUUUACGAACCCGAAGAUUUUGAAUUUGCGGGGAAAUCCGAUAAAAAAUUUGGAGUUGGGCUGGUUUGCGCCAGCGUUAUCGGACCUGGACUUGAGUAAUUGUUCCCUGAACAAAAUUCCAACUGGGGCCUCAUUCACUAAGAAGUAUUUAGACCGGUUAAACCUGGAUUCAAACCGGUUAACGAGUCUGCCCUGGACGGAACUACGGGAUAAUAAUUUUCUGAUGGAACUCUCAUUGAAAGAUAAUCCUUGGCGGUGUGAUUGUCAUAUGGACUUUUUGCGGGAAUACUUACUUAACAUGAGAGGCUUCGAUGUUUCGAGUGAUGUGGUUUGUGCAUCACCGCCUGAAAUGGAAGGGAAGAAGCUGUCCUUAAUUCCAAGGGGGGAAUUAUCUUGUCCCCUCGAGAAUAAGAGACUGAUUGGAGACGUGAGUAAGCAUAAGAUUAUGCUUGGGUGUUUAACGGAGGGUGUACCAGAACCGAAAAUCGAGUGGCAUCAGGGCACACUUCGUAGAGAGGAUCUAUUAGUAAGUCAACCCGGCAUAUCAAUUUAUAACGUGCCGUUACCCCUUCCGAAACGGGACAACUUUACCGAUACAAAUGGGAAAGUGUGCUGGUGAUCUCGGCAAACAAUUCAGCUUACGAGGGCGUUUGGCAUUUUUGGUGUACGGCAAAAAGUGCGCAUGGUAUUGCGACACGUGAGCUUACUCUGACUCGUCCGACUCCGACCCCUCAGCCGUUACCAAGACAACAACCAGUGUACAUUCGCACAACAACGGAGCCGGUGGAAAUCACGACUGAGGAGACGACUGUAUCACAAAUUCAACCACAACUGAUACGAGAAGCUAAAAACGGGUCAUUUUCGAAAAUUGUUGUCCAGGAUCCACCUCAGACGACUAUUACUGACGACACGUCAAUUUAUCCCAUCUUGCUAGUAAUUGGCACCUUAGGUCUAAUAAUUUUGAUCUUCUUGGUCGCCUUGAUCGUCAUUGGGACACGAUUGAUGCGGAAACUCAACCACCUUAUAGAGCACAACAAGACGCAUUGAAACAAUCAAAUUUAUGCGAAUUCAACCGACCUCUUAAGACGUGUACCCAUGCCACCUCCAAGUUAUCGGAGCCGAUUGGGAGAAAGUUUUUAUGAAAAUUCGUAUGCUACAUUUUCCAAGAAGUAUUGAAGCAAUAUUAUUACAUACAUAAAUAUAUGAAAUGUUUCCCAGCCUAUUUAAAUAUGUGUGUGUUUCUGAAUUGUUUAUUAAAAUAGGAUCCGAUACAUUACACAUGAUUUAUGGCAUGCAUUAUGUUGAGUAAUCGUAGCGUCUUUUUUCCCCAAGUCUGUUAUAACAAUCAUAUAAUUUAAAAAUUUGACUAGACAAAGUUACAAUGUGACCAAGUAUGUACAUGAAUUGGGCUAAGCUAAUUGCUAUUUAUUCAAUAACGAUAUACCUAAGUAAUCCAGAAUGUAUUAAAUAUUUCAAUAUAUGUAUGUAUUUAUUCAAAUGAUCUACGUAAAUUAGCAGGCUUCAUUUUUAAUGUAUGUAUUUAAAUUUAAUAAAAGUUGAAAGUGCAGUUUGUGCAAGGA